AGACCAACAAAUGAAAAUGCUGUACAGAACUUUGAUGAAGAAAUGCAAAUAAGAAUGCCUCUGAUUGCAAUGAAACAACAUAUUCUAACAGGGAAUGAAGAGUCUCUAAAGAGUUCAGAUCUGCUUUGACUGAAGCGUGACAUAAAAUGUUACAGCGGCUCUGUUUCUCAAAAUGGUUAGCAAUAGGGAUUGCGGUUUCUGUUGUCUUCAUGGAGUGUUUGGCCCAGAAUGAUGAUGACUGCAAGUUGGCCAGAGCAGGGCCUCCAGCAACCAUAGUUCCAAUUGAUGAAGAAAGUCGAAAUGGUACUAUCCUGGUAGACAACAUGUUGAUCAAAGGUACAGCAAAAGGACCUGAUCCCACUAUUGAACUCACAUUGAAGGACAAUGUAGACUACUGGGUUAUCUUAGACCCUAUCAACCAGAGGCUUUACCUAAACAGUACUGGAAGAAUUCUGGACAGAGACCCGCCAAUGUCCAUUCAGUCCAUUGUGGUCCAAGUCCAGUGCAUUAACAGAAAAGUAGGAACUAUUAUCUACCAUGAAGUUCGGAUUGUGGUGAGGGACAGGAAUGAUAACUCUCCUCAGUUCCAGAAGCAGCAGUACUAUGCAGCAGUAAAUGAGUUAACUCCAGUUGGAACCACCAUCUUUACAGGAUUCUCUGGGAACAAUGGUGCCACAGACAUAGAUGACGGUCCCAAUGGCCAGAUAGAGUAUGUCAUCCAAUACAAUCCUGAUGACCCAACAUCAAAUGGGACUUUUGACAUUCCUCUUACACUGUCUGGAGCAGUAGUUUUGCGUGAGAGGCUGAAUUAUGAAGAAAAGACCCGUUACUUUGUCAUUGUCCAAGCCAAUGACCGGGCUCAAAAUCUUAUGGAACGAAGAACAAGUACAACCACCCUCACUGUCGAUGUUCUUGAUGGGGAUGACCUUGGACCCAUGUUCCUUCCAUGUAUAUUAGUUUACAAUACUCGGGACUGUCGGCCACUCACGUACCAAGCGAGUUUGCCAGAGCUUACUGCCCCCGCUCGUGUGAACCCGAUCAAUGUCAUGCCACCCAUACAAGCUAUAGAUCAGGACCGAAACAUCCAGCCUCCGUCUGAUCAGCCAGGGAUUCUCUAUUUCAUCUUAGUCGGGACUCCUGAGGAUUAUGCACAGUAUUUCUUUAUGAAUGCAACGACAGCUGAGCUCAGCCUCCUCAAGCCAAUAAACAGGGAUUUUCACCAGAAAUUCGAUUUGGUUGUUAAGGCAGAACAGGAUAAUGGCCAUCCUCUUCCUGCUUUUGCCAAUCUACACAUUGAAGUUUUGGAUGAAAACAAUCAGUACCCUUACUUCACAGAAUCUAUGUAUGAGGGCUUUAUUCUCGAGUCCUCACCUGUGGGUACGACUAUCUCCAAUAACCAGAAUUUGACAUCUGCACUGCAAAUCAUAGCUUUGGAUAACGACAUAGAAGAGACAAAGGAUCCUGAGCUCCAUCUUUUUCUAAAUGACUACAAUACGUUUUUCACUGUGACUCAGACUGGCAUAACACGCUACCUCACCUUACUCCAACCAGUCGACAGGGAGCUCCAACAGUUAUACACUUUUUCGAUGACAGCUUCUGAUGGUGUGCAAGAAAGCCCUCCAGUCACAGUCAAUAUUAUUGUGAUGGAUGCAAAUGAUAACACUCCGACCUUCUCCAACAUAUCAUACAGUGUCAAGAUUUACACAGACAUGAGGCCUGGAGAAAGUGUCAUCAAGCUCACUGCCAUGGAUGCAGAUGAAGGACCAAACGGACAAGUUGUAUAUGAAAUCCUGACUGGGGAUCAGGGUGACUUCAUAAUCAAUGAACAAACUGGCCUUAUCACCAUUGCAUCUGGAGUUGUAUUGGCGGUAGGGCGCUCUUAUGCCCUCACCGUCAGGGCAUCUGACAAUGUUCCACGUGCACAGAGAAGGAGCUCCAUCACUACUGUUUACAUUGAGGUCCUUCCUCCAAACAAUCAGAGCCCACCUCGCUUCCCCCAGCUGAUGUACAGUCUUGAAAUCAGUGAGGCUAUGAGAAUUGGUGCCAUUUUGCUAAAUUUGCAGGCAACUGAUCGAGAGGGUGACCCCAUAACAUAUGUCAUCCAGAAUGGAGAUCCCCAGCAAGUAUUUAACCUUUCUCGAACAUCGGGGCUGCUAGCCUUAGGAAAGCCUUUAGACAGAGAAAGCACUGAUCGCUACAUUUUGAUUGUUACAGCCUCAGAUGGCCGACCAGAUGGGACAUCAACUGCUACUGUGAAUGUAGUCGUAACGGAUGUAAAUGAUAACGGGCCAGUCUUUGAUCCUUUUCUUCCUAAGAACCUUACUGUACAAGAAGAGGAAGCCAAUGCAUUUGUUGGUCAAGUGAGGGCUACUGACCCUGAUGCUGGAAUCAACGGUCAAGUCCGCUACAGUUUGGCAAAUUUUAACCAUCUUUUCCGCAUCACAUCUAAUGGCAGUAUUUAUACAUCAGUGAAGCUAAACAGAGAGAAAAGGGACUAUUACGAACUCAUUGUCGAAGCAACGGAUGGAGCUGUAGAUGCCCGUCGUACAACAUUAACUCUGGGAAUCAAAGUCCUGGAUAUAGAUGACAACAGCCCAGUGUUCACUAAUGCCUCCUAUACGGUGUCUAUUCCUGAAAACAUGGCCUUGGGCACAGUCUUCCUACGCCUAGAGGCUAAAGAUGUUGACCUUGGGUCAAAUAUUACUUACGGAAUAAGAACCCAAGAAGCACGGCGGUUUUUCUCCUUGAACAAGUUUACUGCGGAGCUCUCACUUUUAAAGUCCUUGGAUUUUGAAUCCUUUGCUGGCACAGAUGCGACAUUCACAUUUUUAGUGGAGGCCUUCGAUAUGGGGGGAACGAUGCCUCCGGGUCUUGCUACAGUGACAGUGAGAAUAAGGGAUAUGAAUGAUUACUCCCCAGUAUUUAGCAAACCCCUGUACAGGGGAAUGGUCGCUCCUGAUGCAAUCAAGGGCACUGUUGUCACAACAGUUUCAGCUGAGGAUCAGGACCCUCCGGGGACGCCAGCAAGUCUAGUGAGGUAUAAAGUCGAUGUUGUCCAGUUUCCUUACAGUGCAAGUAUCUUUGAUGUUGAAGAAGAUUCUGGGCGUGUAGUAACUCGUGUGAACCUUAACGAAGAGCCCAGCAUGUUAUUUAAGCUUGUAGUCAUUGCCUACGAUGAUGGUGACCCUGUGAAGUUCAACACCACCACUGUAGAAAUUUCUGUAUUGCAGCCCUCAGUAAUUCCACGGUUUACCCAAGACGAAUACAGGCCCCCUCCUGUGAGCGAAGGUGCACCAAAAGGAACUCAGGUGGCUGCUAUAACUGCUGCUGCCUUGAAUCAAACAAUUGUCUAUUCCAUUGUUUCAGGAAAUGAAGACGGUGUAUUUGCCAUAAAUGACAGGACAGGUAUUAUCUACAUAAAUAAAUCUCUGGACUAUGAAGCUGUGAAAAACUAUGUGCUUCGCGUGCAAGCAGACUCUCUUCAAGUGAUUCGGUCCAAUAUGCCUGUGCCAUCUAAAAGUAAUACUGCCAAGGUGAUCAUUGAAGUACAGGAUGAAAAUGACCAUGCUCCUGUCUUCACAAAAAAGCUCUACAUAGGAGGCGUGUCCGAAGAUAAUAGAAUGUUUGCUCCUGUGAUGAAAGUGAAGGCUAAUGAUAAAGACACCGGCAACUACAGCACUAUGCAGUAUAGACUCAUCAUCCCUCCAAUCAAGGACGGCAAGGAGGGCUUUGUGAUUGAGCCCUACACAGGGAUCAUCAAGACAGCCAUGCUCUUCAAAAACAUGAGGCGGUCUUAUUUCAAAUUUCAGGUCAUUGCAACGGACAACUAUGGGAAAGGGCUGAGUAACAAAUCAGAUGUACUGGUCUCUGUCGUCAACCAGUUGGAUAUGCAGGUCAUUGUCUCAAAUGUUCCUCCUACCCUUGUGGAACAAAGCAAGGAUCAACUGAUAGGGAUCUUGGAACGCUAUGUUCAAGACCAGAUUCCUGGUGCAAAAGUUGUGGUAGAAUCCAUUGGUGCUCGUAGAUAUGGAGAUGGCUAUUCAGAAGAAGAUUAUUUAAAAUCUGAUCUUAUGGUCUAUGCCAUUGACCCUCAAACAAACCGUGCUAUAAUGAGGAAUGAGCUUUUCAAAUUUUUAGAUGGCAAACUUCUGGAUAUCAAUAAAGAGUUUCAGCCAUACCUUGGGCAAGGAGGACGCAUUUUGGAAAUCCGCACUCCAGACGUGGUGGCCAAUGUGAAGAAGCAGGCACAAGCCGUAGGCUACACGGAAGGGGCGUUGCUGGCUCUGGCUGUCAUCAUCAUCCUUUGUUGCAUGCCUGCUAUUUUAAUAGUUAUGGUCAGCUACAGACAGAGGCAAGCUGAAUGCGCAAAGACAGCUCGAAUCCAGAUGGCCUUACCAGCUGGCAAGCCGGCAAGUGCUCCUGCCACUAAUCUGUAUGAAGAACUCGGCGACAGUACCAUGCGAGGCUACGCACAACAAGAGCAACAACAACUGCUAAGGCCUGCUCUUCUCCGACCAGAGGAACUCUCUAUGGAAUCUGGAAUAGAUCCUGGCCAAGAGUACUAUGGACAAGAUUACUACGGUUAUGAACAUGGGUACGAAUUGCCUCAAUACGGAAGUCGCCGCCGAUUGUUGUCUCCUUCUGGGAUGUAUGAUGAAUACGGUGAAGUGGUCAUGGAGAGCGAUGGUGGCUUCUAUUACAGUCCACAAGGACCAGAAGCAGAGUGGGCCCGAAAGAAAAGAAUCAAGUUAGUAGUCGAUCCAGAGUAUGAGACCAGCUCCACUGGAGAAGACAGCGCUCCAGAAAGCCAGAAGAACCGUCUCAGCAACCCCAACAUUCAAACCAAUAUCAAUGGUAAUAUCUACAUAGCCCAAAAUGGAUCAGUUAUUAGAACCCGGCGAAGUUGCCUCUCAAACAAUUUAAAGGUCACAUCCCCUGUGAGGCUGGGGAAACACUUCAAGAAACUGGAUAAGCUAGCAGUGACACAUGAAGAGAACGUCCCAUUGAACACAUUUUCAACAGGGGCAUCGUCUAGUGACAAACUAAACACGAGACCAUGCAGUGUUUCCUUUGCAUCCUCUGCUAUAGACCCUGACAACGUAGUAACAAAGACAGGGGGCAACCGAUUAAAAAGCACAGAAGAGCAAGAAUCCAUUGCUGAUAAUGAGGAUAUCAAGGAGCCAUUGGAAUUACCCAGCAAUCACACACAGUCCGAUGACGAGGAACUCUGGAUGGGUCCUUGGAAUAACCUUCACAUCCCAAUGACAAAACUGUGACCUCUCUUUUCCAUUUUAAUUUUUACUUCCAUUUAUAAUAAAGUACGCUUUUUAUCGUCACCGAGGAAAAACGUAUGAACUUUGUACCGUGCACAUAAGUUGUAUACUUUCAACAAAAUGCUUUAAAAGUAAAACAAAACCAACAACAAAAAAUAACCGAGAAUUUGCACUCACAUUUGUACCAAUUAAUUGUUCUUCCCAACAACUCUUUUUGACAGAUUCAGAAUUCACUAAACAAGUAUUCAUUAAAAUGGACUAGUUUUGUUGGCUCUGGAGUUAUUGUUUAAUAGUCAUCAAACCACUACUUAAAAUGCACAGUAAUUGCUUUUUGCAGUGUUUGCAGCAGAAAAGGCAGCAUUGAAUUCAUUGGAUUACUUAUUUGUAUAGCACUGCAUCUUUAGCCAGCUCUAUUUCAACCCAUAGACAUUAACGCAGUUAUCCUGCUGAUAAAACCUAUACAACUGGAUGUUUCUGAUCUAAGUUCUUUUCAGGCUCUGAUCCAGCCUGCCACCCAUGGUUGAUAAAUCCGGUGGCUACUCUUGCACAAACCCACCCUGUAUUGGGUAAAACCCAAGGCUACCUUUGGCCUUGUGAAUGUUUAAUCAUUAGAAGACUAUACAUUAUGUUGGGGAGUCACCAACUGCCUUGGAAAUUCGUUCAGUUUUUAAAAUGUGCCUUAGAAACAAGAAUUUAUCAAAUUUCAAAUCUUGUAGUCACUGGCACUUGCAAUGCCUUCAUCUCUAAUCUUAGAUGAGCCAUCUGUUUCAUUACUAAUACUCCCUCCACCAAGUGGCCUAAUCAAAAUUGUGUUUGAAACAUUCAUAUUAACUUUUUAAGAUCCCUUACUGGUCUUAGAUAAAUGUUUAUAGCUCACCUUUGUAUUCCCUCCAGCUUGUAACCACUUGUAAACACUUUGUUGCUGCUAAUCCUUCUAUUAUUAAGGUUUAUGCCAGAAACUCCUAAAAUGACCACUAAGAGUUUCUAAUGCACUUCUCAUGAUCCAUUUGAUAGGAUGAGAGAUAUUCUUCAUCAUACUUCUGGCUUAUAACAAUGC